AUGAUUGAAUAACCAGAUAUAUUUAAUGAUGAUCAAGCAUAUAAAAAAUAUUUAGAAAUAAAAGAUUAGACAGAAAGAGAAAAGAAAGCAAGAGUGGAUAAAAUUUUAGAUGAUUAUUGUUAUCGAUAAUUAAAUUUACCAGCAGCUGAGUAUAGAAGUUAGUAAACAGAUUUAAUCUACAGACCAUAACAUUAUCCAGUUGAAUUAGUUCAUCCUGAAAGAGUACAUUAUACAUCUUAAUUUGUUGGUUUCAAUCAAUAAUCAAACUAUUAAUAAAGAAGAUAAAAAGCUAUGAAUAGAGUUCCUUAAUAGGUUCAAUAUUAUUAUCCUCCUUCAAAUCCAUUUUUAUAAAAUGCAUAAUAGACUCUUAAUUAACAAUAGUUAUUACCUAGUUUAAGUUUAUAAUAAGGGAAUCUUGGUUAUAAUUAAUAAUUAAUGACUUAAUCAACUCCUUAAAUUGUAUAUUAGAAUGAUGCAAAGUCAGAUUUUUUAAGAAAAUGUGAUAAUUUAUAGAAUAGAAUGGAUUACAAUCUUAGAAAUGUUGACAAAUUUUACUAAUAUUAUUGA